AUGUAUGCAUCCAUCUUGAGGAGCAGUGGCUUCAUGAUCCCAAUCAAGUGCGGCGAGUUUCAACAUCUGACCGACGAGGAGCUGAGCGCAAUGAAAUCAAUCCCAUAUGGUAUCUAUCGCGCCACAAUCAACGGCAAGCACGGCGCAUUCAAGAUCAACAAGAACGACUACUACACUCACUACGACCUCAUCUUUGCCAAGGAGCUAGGACUGACAUUCAAUCUCAAGACUGGCAACAAGUCGAGGAAAGGAGACUUGGUACAAGGAGGGGUUUUAGCACCGUUCAAGGCCAAUGCAUUGAUAUACGACAGCAUCUGCAGGAAGUUUGGCUGCGAUCUGUUUGGCAAGUACAUCGAUCAGGUGCUCGGCUGGAUAGAUGCAUGUGAGCCCAAAUCCAGAUUAGAGGAGCUAUGCAAGUGUCUCUAUCAACGCCUCUGGGGCGCUCUCUCCAAGCGCAACAAGACCAAGCAGUGCGCCAACAUGGAGUGCGACGCAGAGGUGAUAGAGACUAGCGAUGGACAGAGAACGAUCAAGCACAUAGAUAUCAACGUCGACGAGGACUACUCAAUCGACCGCAUCACUCCAACGGCCAAUGGAAGCGCGAUGAUCAAAUCAGCAUGCAACACCGACUUGUUCGACACGCCAUUCGCUCGCAUCAUGCCAUUCAUCAUCUCUCGUGGUCGCAAGAUGAUUGGAACGAUAAUAAAGGACGACAUUGAAUGCAUCAAGCGCGUGCACACUGAUGGAUUCGUCUCAACCAAGCCCUGGGCUGUCAGGACUGGCAAGAAGUCACUCGAUUUCCCAAAGAUUGGAAAAGGGUGCGGUGACCUGCGCUAUGAGGGCUACUGCCCCGACCAAUGCUCCGAUAGAUCGCACCUAAGGUUGAUCUUAGGUAAUAUAAAGAUAAACAUCCUAAUGAGUGCAUCAAUACAACAGGUAUAA